AUGGCAGCCGAGGGUGGAAGGAGGGGUCAAGCUCCUGAUACCCAGGAGGUAACCUUUAUCUUCCCACUCAAACAAAACCAGUCCUGUUCCUACAGAGUGCAAGGUCUCAGGAUCCUGACACUGCUGAAGACAUCUCCAGAGAGACUCAUCAACAACUGGAGAGAUAAAUACAAGAAUAAAUACAAGAAAAUUGUUCUGCUGAAAGGAUUAGAGGCCAUCAAUGAUUAUCAUUUUAGCUUAUUCAAGUCUUUACUGGCCCGUGAUUUAAGACUGACUAGAAAAAGGCUAGUUAAAUGUGACAGAAUUGAGAUUGCUGACUUGAUGGAGGAUGAAUUCCAAAAUGAUACUGGAGUGGGCAAACUGAUAGCAUUGUUCAAAGAGAUACCGGACCUGAGAGAACUUGCUGAAACUCUUUGGAAAGAGAAGUUAAAAGCAAAAGGAAAAACUCCAGCAAAAAAAUUCAAGCAAGGACAAGUAGGUUGUUUAUUCAUACCAACUGCCAGCAACACUCUCACAUCUGAAGAAGUGGUGGGCACUCCCAAGCCUCAGGUCCUGAAGGAGCUGCAGAUCCACCGCUACCAGGGUGACUCCCUAGCUCCCCAGGCUUCAUCCGUUCCACCCAGCACUCCCUCGGCUCAGGUGGUCAAGGGUAAGAAGAAACCAGCCAGUUACUUCAAAAUCUGGAAGUUGAAGUUAAGAACUGCCCUCCAAAUCAACUCACUGUCUUCAACAGUGAUUCUAUUAAAAAAAGAGACUUGUAUAUAAAUCAUA